AUGAAUAUAAAUUCGUCCUCAAAUACAAUACAUUUUCAUCCAAAAAAUAAAAUUAAAUUCAUACCAUUAGCAUCAACAGCAGGCACUGGAUUUGAUGAGGAGAAUACUACCAACACAAGUAAUAUUAAUAAUGAUACUAGUAAUAUUAAAGAUACUAUAAUGGACAACAAUAUAGAUAAUAGUUUAAAAAUUAAUAACAAUAAUCACAGUAACAAUAGUAAUAUUUAUAAUAAUAAUAUCACCAUUAGUAACAGUAAUGAUAAUAAUAGUAUUGACAACAAUGAACAACAAUUAAAAUUUGUGAAUAAAGAAUAUAAUAGUGAUGAUGAUUAUGAAGAAUAUGAAGGACAUCAUUCAAUUAAUUUCAAUAAUAGUUUAAAGAAAAAAGGGAAAAAAUCAUCACCAGAUUCACUAAAGCAUAGUAUAAAUGAUGAAGACAAUGAAGAUAACGAAGAUGAUUAUGAAAGUGUAAAUAGUAGUAGCAGCAACAUCGAGGAGAAUAGUAGUACCCAACUAAUCAAUAACAAUAUAACAAAUAACAACAAUACCAAUAUUAAUAACAAUAAUAAUAAUAGUUCAACAUUAUCAUUCACAUUAGCAUUUAUAUUUUCAUUAAUUAUAAUAUUUGCCUGUAUCUUUUAUUUUUCAAAAAAUUUUGCAUCAUUUCUCGAGUUUGUCAAAGAAUUGGGUUAUUUUGGUAAUGUAAUUUUGGGUGUAGCUUAUUUACCAACUGGAAUACCAUUGGCCAUUUUUAGUAUUUAUAUUCCAUUGACAUUAUCUGCAGGCUUUAUAUAUGGUUUUGUACCUGGUUUUAUUACUGUUGCGAUUGGUAGUGCCAUAUCUGCUAGUUUUGGCUUUUGGACUACAAGAAAGGUAAUCUUAAAAUGGUUCGAAUCAAAAAUAGAAUCAUCACCAAAACUAUCUGCCCUAAGAAACAAAGUCGAACAACAUCCAUUCAAGAUUAUUAUAAUUAUGAGACUACUCCCAAUACCAUUUGGUCUACAAAAUGGGUUAUGUGCAGAUCGACCAUCAAACAAAUUACCCGAUAUUACAAAUGGUCACCAAACUGCAUUUUCAUCAUAUCAAAGAACUUUAUUAAUUAUUGCAAUCGUUGUAGCUGUCAUUUUGACAUUUAUCAGCAAAAAGGUUUUAGGUUCUUCAAAUCCUACAAUCUUUAAUCGUUCAACUAUUUCAAUUUCAUCCUCAAACAAUGUAAUUGAAUCUAUAAAUUCAAAUAAUAAUCAAAAACAAAUUGAAUCUUCUAGAGAUAUUGUAUUAGUAAUCAAAUCAAACUCAACCUCGUCAUCCUCAUUAACACCAAGUAAUAUUUCAUCCUCUUCUUCCAGUUCUGAUAUAAUUUCCUCAAAAGAUUCACCUUAUUCAAUAAAAGUUAGAAAAGAUUAA